AUGUAUGUUGGUUGCCAUGACAAUGGUAGUCAAGCCCUCAUCAAGGGUGUAGGUGCUGGCACAGAGCAGCGGGGCGUUGCUAUGGUCCAGCGCACUCUCCGGCUUGUCGGCUUCUUGUGGACUAUGAGUUCCUCCAACAUGAAGUAUGAGACCAUCAAGUGCGACGCCCCGCAGGAUGUCCUGGACGUCAUGAAGGAUCUGGCCACUGAUGCUGUGAAGCAGUGCCAAACAGAACAGCAGAUGGCCUCCUAUGUGCGAAAAAGGAUGGACGAUAAGUAUAACACCACUUGGGGCUGCGUUGUGGGACAGAAUUUUGGCAGUGAGGUCCCCUACAUUCCAAACAGCUUCGCUUUCUUCACACUGGACAAGUACUCUUUUCUUAUCUACAAGGCUUCGGAAAAUGCUGUCAUCCAACCCUAG